AUAGUAUAAACGUUUUUCCGGGUAGCUGAAUGCGAGUCGUUUCAGGGACUCGAGUUCUGUCCUUGUAGUAGGAAUAUUAUUUCCUUCACAGCUUUGUGAAGCUUUGGGGGAAAACACCGUUUAAGCAAUCCUCAGACAUCAACCUCACCGUCGGAAGCUUGCUCGGUGGUGAAUAUAAUUACCCUUAUUUUGACAUAUUGUUUCAUCUUAUGGAUUUCACGCUAAGUCUAUAUGACCUUCAUUCAUCAUUCUGUCGCAAAAUAUGCUUGCGGAAGAGCUGCAACAUAUAAAACUACCUUAAUUUACCGCUCGAUCAACAGAUCAAAAUGGUCUAAUUUAUAAGAAGCUUAUUCGGACUGUCAUAUUCUUGAUAACGGUAUAUCAGCGAAUGCUCGGACGGUGCAUUUUGCUUCAAGUUUCUUAAACUAACGUUGGUGAUUUGAAUUCUACUUCCAUUUUAUUUUCUAUCAUCACCCAUUGUGGAAUUAAAUAAUAAUAGUAAUAUAUCGCAUUUAUAUAGUGUAUUACUGUGACAUCAGAACGACGUCUCUAAGCAUUUUUACUGAGUAUUAUAGCUCAGUUAUUGGAUUCCAGUUGUCAGACUGCAAAAGGUGUUUGUGCAAUCUCCAAUCCCUGGGGGGCAUUCCAACAAACAAAGAAGAGGGUGGGUCCCUGCGAGUCUUAUAUUUGCUAUGAUACGGAGGUGAUUCUUGAGACAAUGAAGAAAAACACGUCGGGAACCAUGGUUACGUUGCAUGCUGAGAGAAAGAUCCCGGUGGACCCCAAGAAACCAGCCAUCCACAAGAAACCACCUAAACACAUCAUUCAGGCUCCACCGCCUAAACCCUGUAACAAACCUCGAAACGAUUCGGACGAUGAGUCCGAUGAUGAGGACCAGUACGGUUACAUUCAACCCGAAGCCCAAGCUGGUGAUAUCGCUAAUCUCAUCCGUCAAGCAGGCCGCCUUCCGAUUUGCGUCAAAGUUCAGAGCAACCCGCCGAUCAAAGACUGCGAUUGUAGAGGAGGUGAUAUUUUGAUGCUACACUGCACCGAUAAAGAACGAUUAGUGAAGGCCGUUGAACCGAAUGGAAAUACAUUCUACUUGCCAGUUCAUUCAAAUCAGCUAUAUGAAAUUCUGCCAUUAGAUCCUAAAUUAGAUGGUAAAAUUUAUAGAGGAACGAUGGAACUAGUGAAAGCUGACCCUCUUCCUCAGAUAGUCCGUGUUUUAAUCGGAUACUUUGAUGAGGCGGAAGAAGAUGACACCAAGGAACAAAAUGACAUCAUCACGAUCGAAGGAGUCAGCAAAGAAGCUGAUAAUGAGACGUAUCUCAUAGGUGAGAUCAUGGGAGAGCCACAGCGUUUUCGAGCAAUGAAAGAUGAAGCAGUAUACACCACUCAGAUCUUUCCAGAACAACUAGCCAUGCAUGAUAUCGUCAUCAGAUUCAAAGAUAAACUCCCCGUGAGAGUCCGAACAGCAAACCCGUUGACUAGUUCAAGAGGGCGUCAAAAUGAGCUGGAAUUUCGAUUGGAAGCCUUCGUGCCGAGAGAGCGAGUUAUAGCGACCAGAGCACGGGGUGAAGUCGUCAUUGCCUUCCCCUACAGCGCACCCCUUAAACUGGAUCUCAUUACCCCUCCUUGGAGUAUAUUACCCUCUCUGAUGGCCCCCCUGUAUGGCCUUCUCAAUACAUCCAUGUGCAAGAAAGGAUUAUCUGAGGUUCGUUACCCACGUAAAGCUAUGAAGGCAGUUUCCCAACCGAAGAAAGAAGUUCUUGACGAAUGGUUACAAAGUCCAGAAGGUAAAAUAAAAAUCAAUGAAAUUGCUGAAGAGGAGAAUGCGGAUAUGCAGAAGAAGGUGAUAGCGCUGAAGGCAGACCUGAAACGAGCAGAAACUGAGUUGAGCUUCCUGAAGAGCCAACGCCCGCCACCACCAUUGCCGCUGUCACCUUCUCAUCGGGGUCCGCUUUCGUCGACCCCGACGCUUCUACAGACUCCACCGAUUCUACCACAAAGAUCGCCAAAUCGCCCUUCCACUCUUCCAGGUCUUUCACCACACGCACCCAGUACCAUUGUGGGUUCAACCAGCAGUCUAUCAAGUUUAGAACCACCACUACCGGCUAGACCCAGUAGCAGAUCAAGGUCCAGUAGUCUAGAUGGAAACGAGUAUGACGAUCUUGUGAUUAAGAAUUCGCCAUCCAACGUAACGAUUGGUCUAGCCAGCACUGACUUGGAAAAGGAGCUCAAGAAUUUAUUAGGAGAGAAAGUCGCGGAAAUUCAAUCAAAGGAUAAGGAGUAUCAAUCUUUACAGGAGCAGCACAAGAGACUGCUGUCUAAGCUUGACGAGCAAACCGGAACGAUUUUAAAACUGGAGGAAGAAUUGGAUGAACUGAAAGACCAAGAAGAUUGCUACGAUUUAAUGAUACCAAAUAGUAACAAACAAUCGAAUGCUACAAAUAACAAAGAGCAUCAGGUGCUACCAAAGCAGUCACCGGUAGAGAGGCGGCCUGAGAGAGAGAAAACGUUGAAAUCACCGAAAACUACUCUUCCAAGCGCUCCUGUAAGUCCAGGAAUACCCACUCUACGGAGAGAAUCGAACACUCCCCUUCCGAGUGUUCCUACCAAUCAAGCACCAUCUUCUCUCCUCAGAGGGUCUAGGCCUAAACAUCCCAGAGAGGAGUAUGAGCCAAUUCCACUUUCCAUGAUAUCCGGCAAAGACGAUCUAUCAUCGAGACCUCGUUUGAAAUCUCCGCAGAAAAAGCCGGGCUCCGCACGAUACCCCCUACCAACGGAACCGUUACAACCGCCACAAAUUCUUAGGACAUCAGACAUUACGUCACUACCGCUUUCUCAGCAGACGGACAGCUUCAAACGAUCUUUGACAGCCAGACCCUCUGACAUUGAAUCUGUACAUCGUAUGAUCAAGAUUCCUGUCCCACCGAACGGGGAAUAUGAUCUACCGGAUUCAGACUCUCCCCCUCCUCUCCCUCCUCCACCUCCUCCAACAUUGCGUGCUGGUCGACUGCCUUCCUCUAGGACCAAGAAACAGUCUUUGGAUGAACCCCUGUCUCCAAAUCACCCAUUCGAUCCCGUCCUGUACGAUACACCCAAUACUGAGUUAAACUCCUUGAGCAAGGAAAUGGUGUCUAUUCUCUUGAGGAGUAUAAAUCUGGACGAUUGUGUGGAUCGCUUUCUGCAGGAGAGCGUGGAUGGAAUCCUCCUGAUGAGCAUCGAUGAAGAGAUGAUGAUGAACGAACUUGGAAUGACGAGUUUCCAGGCACGAAAACUCACAAUUAAAAUUGACGAGUUAUCACGUACUAACUCGGGAACGCGGCGGGAUUUGUAAUUUCUUAUACGCAUCAAGUUACUUUUAUUGAAAAUGAUGUACAAGUAUUAUCAAAGGGACAUAAUUAUCUUUAUAGCCUUUCUCUUUUGAGGAUAUUUUGUUGAAUGUCAUGAACUAUAUUUAUUAUGGUAAUGGAAUUUAUGAACCGUUGUAUUUAACCUCCUUUUUAGAUGAACUUUCCACCAAAGUUGGCUGUAAAAACUUUUUUUUAUCUCUCAUUGAACCCCCUCCUUGAUUCUCAAACGGACAAUGUGGCAACGUUGGCACAAAGACCCAUCAGUUGAGUAACUGCAUAUUAGUUGUUCUGACAAUAACCAAUGUGAUGGUGGUAUCAGACAUCACAUGUCAGGUUUAAAGGUCAUUCAUCAUAACCAAUAGCACUUGGAAGACUCUGUUAUUUCCGAAUUUACCUUUAACAUUUUGUUGUAACAAACAUGCUUGGAUAACUAAUCUUGUUAAUCUUCCAUAAACUGGGGGCUCAGUUAUGUGAGAAAUGUCUCGGAGAACACAUGCCAAGGUAAAAGGACAUUUGGCGAGUCUUUGCAAUGGGUGGGAACAUGCAUUUGAAAUACAUUCAUGUUAUCGUACAUUUGGAGGUCACCUUGUAUUGUCGAAUGUCAUUUUAGGUUUGAUGUUACAUUUAUAUUUGCAGAGGUCAUAUGGUAAGGUUAACUGUCAUUCGAAGUUCACAUUUUGCUGCAGUAAACCAAACUUGGCUGAUAGAUGCGUUUGAGAAGUAAAGACUUCUCCAUGGUAUGGUCAGAGGUAGUUUUAUAGGUCAAAUGUUGAGGAUUACCUGCACUGUUAAAAAUACUAGUAAUUUUACAAAGAAAUAUCGUAAAUUUACAGGAUGUUUACCUUUUAAAAGCAGACAAAUCAAACAUAUUUAUGCAGUGAUAUAUAACGUAGAAUUCUACAAGUUAAAUGUAAAACAAAGUAAAAUGUAAUAAUCUUUGUAAAAAUACCAACGAACUAUCGUGUUUUUACGUUGAUUGCAGUGCAUCUAUCGCAUAAAUAGUGUUCGUAUUUGUAAAUUAAUGGCGAUUUUCAUGUUACAUGAAUGCUAAAAUGUUUUUUUUUUACAGUUACCCAGUAUUUUUGCAUUUUCACAGCCCAUCGUAAUUUAACAGUUCAUACUGUUUGUGAGUUCCAGCUGUCAGUAAUAAUUACUGUUUUUUUUACAUUUAAUUUUUAACAGUGUGCAAGAGUUUUUUAUUAUUGAAUAUUGCAGCUCCAUCGGAUUGCAACCAAACUUGACACACUAUGCAUUGGAAAGCCUUCAUCUUUCGUUGAAGGUCAUAUUUAAGUUCAAAGGUCACUUGAGGCCACACUUUACUGCUUACAUGCAAUAUACCUUAUUGUCCAGCCGAGUAAUUAAUUACUGAAGGAACCAUGAAAGCGGGUCUGUUUUUAUGGUCGAAAGAGGGCGAGACACAAUAUGGCUUAUGUUUGCUUGUUAUGAUCACUGUAUUAAUCAAACAACAUUAAAUCCCCCUACACAUUUUUUUUUAAUUUGAACUUGUCACCUGUAUUACCGAUUUGCCACAUUCAUUUGGCUUUGAUUUUCUUCAUUCUAAUCCUCCUUAAACAGUUUAAAUACAAUCGUCAUGGGGUGGGCACAGCCAAAGAGAAUACAUACGAUGCCUAUUGUUCUUUUUAUGGCCGUAUGCAAAUUUUAAGAGCUGUUUCUGCAACUUCAAAAUGCAGUAAUAACGACAUUCGGUGCGUUAUCUUCUUUGUUUACAGUCUAGAAUCCAUCAAUUUUUUGCUAAUGGUCGUUAUCGUGUUACUUUCAUAGUAUUGGGGUCAGUGGCGUAUCUAGCGGGGGGCAAGUGCCUCGCGCGCCACUUUCAUGGGGCGCAAAAAAGGGAAGA